CCCAAAGUGAAAGUUGUGAUCACUUCCGAGUUCUCUCCUCUAGGGGGAAGUCAGCGAUUUUAUCCCGCCCAUAUGCGAGCAACCGACUCUGGGAUAGUUCCUCUCGAGACAUAAUCAUUCAGGAUGAACCAAAAGACUUCUUGCGGCCACAUUUUGUAAUCCUAUCGGAGAAUCGCCCACGUUUUAUCGGGAAUGUACUUGACCGUGAGACCUUUCCAUGUGAUAUCUCUAACAACUUGUUAUUUUGGAAAUGAACGAGCUCGCUCUGAGGACCAACAAGGGAGUGUAUGUGGGCGGGGAGACAGUCUAUGGAGCGGUGUAUCUCCAGAUUGACCAUGUUACGUCAGGGACUGGGGUCAAGCUGAAGUUCCACGGGUAUGAAGACUUUUACUAUGAAGAGAGGGGGUCACAACGGUACUCUGGGACGGGAGAGUUCUCCGUCAUGAGAGGUCGUAAAGAACACUUUGAUGUGGAAGUGCCCAUUUAUACAAGCUCAGAACCCAUCCCCCUAGGGUGCUAUGUCUUCCCCUUCCAGUAUGAACUACCGGCUGACUUACCAGCCACUUUCCACUGUAAGGGCCCACUGUAUGAGGCCACAAUCAAGUACGAAGUCAAGGCUUGUGUGAUUGGGAAAGAAAGCAACCUAAAGGUUUCUCAACCCCUGAUUAUCCGUGAGGUGGUUGAGCCCUCCCUGUUGAAGGAUGCGGUGAGAUAUGAGGACCAGAGCGAGGUGUUGAAAUGUGGGUGUUAUCGGCAGGGAGAUAUCACUGUAGUGGCAAGUUUGGAUAAGACAGAGUACACAGUGGGGGACACAGGCACUGUCAGUGUAGACAUCAGCAAUAGUACAUCAGUCAAAAUCAGAAAUAUCAGGGUCAAUAUGAAGAGAGUAGUGCAUCUCAUGAAGGGUCAGUGGGUCUGUACAGCAGCAGAAGCAUCAAAGGUGAGAAACCGGAUGUCCAGUUCUGCAGGGCAGCCAGGGCCACUGGUGGAGAAAGUGUGGAGCGAGACACGGGAAGGAACAAGUAACAAAAAAAUAGAGCUGUCCCUUCCUGUGGAACUGAAGAACCUUCCACCUGUGGUCACGCUGGGCAAGCAUAUCAAGUGUGUGUACAGAAUACUGGUAGAUGUUGGUCUGAAGUCGUCCCUGUCUCUACCGACUGGCCUGCUGAAGAUACCAUAUCUGCACCCACCCAGCAACUCUGAGUGGGAUGACUGGAAACCCCCUCCUUCGGGUCUCCCAGUGUGAGAGAAUGACAGUGGAUGGCAAAUUUGCAGUGAGUGCAAACGUACUGGCACAAGAGGAGUUUGCAGGACUGCCAACAUUUCAAGUAUUGGUGGAAAAUAAGUGAAGCACUAUUGUAACAGCAAUAGAUUUCAUAAGCUAUUUUUGUAAGCAUGUGAUGCUAACUGUUAAUUUUGGACAGAAAGGUUUUGAGUUGACAUGAAAAUAAGAUUUUGUGGAAAACAGUGCUGUACAGCAAAUUGUGUUCAAAAUGGUAUUUUUGUUAUAUGAAUUUAGUGUAUGUGCUCAUGUAAUAGUUUAUUAAUAGUGCUUAAUUUUCAUAUUGCUGUAUAAUAAAACACAUACUAUGCACUGAAAGUUUUCAGUAAUAACCCAGAAAUGACAAUAUACCAUAUAGACUGUAUGUUCAUUUGGAGAAAUUAUGUAUCUUUGUAAUGUUACUAGUAUUAGAUCCAGAUGUUUGCAGUGCAUUAAGUCCAGACCAUUUUUUUUCUUAAAAGCCCUCUUGUUGUUCUAAUGGUCAGUUUGCACUAGUAUUAUGGGUGGUCUCGGCCAUAGGUAAUAUUUUCGUCAAUUUCUUGCCUAUUUAUGCCUAUCUGUGCCAAAGUUUGCAGUAUUUCUUAACUAUCAAUUCUAUUUCCUUGACCAGUAUCUAACCACCAACCCACCAAAAACCAACAAAUGUUGUUAAUGUUAUAAUAUAUACUUGCAGCUAUUUUGCAGGAUUAAAACUCUGUAUUCUAGAUAUUUUGUUAUGUUCAAAUAGUGCAGUUAUAUCAUGAUAAAUUGUAACACAUACCAGACAUCUUUACACUUCAUAUUUGAAACAACAUAAUCUUUUAUGUUACAAUUUUAAUACCAAACCUACCUGUCUGGUAACAGGAACUUACUAACAGAUAGAAAAGCACUUGCAUCAUUUCAAUUGUCUUUGUAUUAAAAGUUGUCUUAUGUAGUUUAAGUUAGUUAAGAAAUUAUUACUACAAUGCUAAAAGUGCCAUGGUUUAUAGAUUGAAAUGAAUUAUUUCAAAUCCAUGUAUGACUUAUGGGUUGCUUAAAAUGAAAACAGUUUUUGUUUUGAAACGAAAACAAUUUUUAUUUAGGUAGUAAAAGUAUUAUGUAAAGUUUCUUAUUCUCUACUGAGAAAGAUGUCUUCUUAUAUGCAGCAUAUUUAAGCAAGGUGACUACUCAACUAUUAUAACAAAUAGCAUUCAAAAUGCACCCUAUAUUAAGAGAUAAAAAAUGAAAUGAGCAUUUUUCAAUUUUCUGUUUGCGAGCUGCAGAAAUAAAUUGGGAAAAACUUGGCAUCCAUUGAUUUUGUGUGUUUUUGUGUGCUAUUACAUGUAUAUUGUUUUUCAUAGAUGAUAACAGUAUGUAGUCAAUGGUUAUCAUAUUAAAACCAUCUUUCGCAGCAUGUAUUUAUUGUAUAAAACUGAUCAUGAUCUGUUAUGCCUUGAUGAGACAGUUAACCUAAUGCAAAGCAAGUAAAACAAACAAAACAGAUAAAAUAUAAAUGUGUUUAAACAUUGCAGAAGUGACAACAAGAAUCUUUUGAUUGAGGUGAAUAGACUUUAUUCUUAAUGACAUUUCUCUUGCAUAGGAAUGCUAUGUUUGUUAGUCUGCAUAAUACUGCAUAUCACUAAAAGAUGGCCGGUUAGAAAUGCAUCUCAUCACUUUUACACAGUUCCUGCCUGGUUACUCAGAUGCUUACAUUUUUACAUGAUA